AGUUGAGAUGAAUUCUCAAAAGCAAAAUCCCCAGCAUGUGUUCCUGAAGCGUCCAGCACUCCGGCGAGCCUGUGGAGCCCUGUCAGCACCACCCCCACCCCGAGAUCGGGCCGCAUCGUCUAUGGAUGUGCCUUUCUGCUUGUUGUCCUGCUGUCCAUGCUAUGCCUGGUAUUGGCCCAUUGGCCCAAACGCCUGUUCUCUGGAGAGCUGAUCUACAAUGCAGCGGCUGUGUUGCUGCUGGUGCUCAUUGUGGGAUUCACUUUCACCGUCUGGAGACAGCCCCAGAGCAACACUCCUCUUUACUUCAAGGUCCCCCUGUUGCCUGUUCUCCUCUGGUCAGCAUCUCUGCACAUGUUUACCUGAUGAUGCAGAUGACCACUGAGACCUGGGCCCAAUGUGGAGUCUGGAUGUUGAUUGGAUUUGCUAUGUAUUUUGGAUAUGGGAUCCGACACAGCUUGGAGAACGAUCAACAGCCACCAGCGUCAAGCUCCCAAACUCCUCAUGAAAACAUCCCUAGUCCCUUGCUGAAUUAGUUUAACCACGGAAAAGGGAUGGUCCAGUCCACUGGAGGUGUCCUCUGGAUGAAGGGAAAGUGUGAAGCUCUGUGGAGCAUGAAGGUGGGAUACACUUAAAGCCCCAUGUGCAUUGCCAGUGAGCAAAUACUUUUUUAAAAACUUUAUUUUGUUUUUUGUUUGUUUGUUUGCUUGUUACAGAGGUGAGGACUUGCUCUGUUGCCCAGGCGGAACUUGAACUCCUGGGCUCAAGUGAUCCUCCUGCCUCAGUCUUCCAAGCAGCUGGAACUACAGGUACCCCAUCAUGCCCAGCUUAACAAAAUAUCUUUAUUUGAUUUGAUUUUUUUCUUUUUGAGACAGAGUCUCGCUCUGUUGCCCAGGCUGGAGUGCAGUGGCAUGAUCUUGGCUCACUGCAACCUCUGCCUCCCAGGUUCAAGUGAUUCCCCUGCGUCAGCCUCCAGAGUAGCUGGAAUUACAGGCACAUGCCACUGUGCCCAGCUACUUUUUCUUUAUUAGUAGAGACCAGGUUUCACCAUGUUGGCCAGGCUGGUCUUGAACUCCUGACCUCAAGUGAUCCACCUGCCUCAGCCUCCCAAAGUGCUGAGAUUACAGGCCUGAGCCACCGUGCCCAGCCAAAAUAACUUUAAAAACUUACAUUUUUAAAAAUUGACAAAUAAAAAUUGUCUAUGUUUAUGGUGUA